AUGAUUGAGCGAGAUCGGCAUAUGACAUACCGCGAGAUUCAGGCAUCCUUAGGCAUUGACAUGAAAGCAAUACAUACGAUUUUGCAUGAUCACUUGAGCGUACGGAAACUUUGCAGUCGUUGGAUCCCACACAAUUUGAUCGAAGCUCAAAAACUGGCUCGUGUUAAAUGGGGCAAAGAAAUGCUCAAGAAAUUCAACCGAGGUCGGUCAAAUUUGGUCUACAACAUCGUUACUGAGGAUGAAACAUGGAUCUAUUCGUAUGAGCCAGAAAGUAAACAACAAUCCACUGUUUGGGUAUUUCAAAAUGAACCGAAACCAACAAAAGUUGUUCAUUCACGCAGUGCUGCCAAGCAAAUGAUUGCUUGUUUCUUCGGUUAUACCAGACAUGUGGCAACCGUGGCUUUAGAGGAUCAAAGGAUUGUAAAUACCGAUUGGUAUACAACAAUUU